CAUGACGUAUAAGAAACUUCCUCAGAAAAUACAGUAAACAAAUCGACGGACUACAUUCGGCCGCGGCGUAUUGAGCACGGCGGCUUGCGUGGAUUUGGGAAUUUACGAAGCUUUCGGUUGACAUCUCACGGUUUGCGCAUUAAAGCAGGUCGACGGGAGGGACGACACAAAGGAGGGAGCUGUUGGAAAAGCGCAGCGUGCCGCGCGUUCGUUUGGUUGAGUGCUUUGAUUAGUGAACGCUCAGGCUUCAUGCCGUUUAGUUGAGCAGACUUCCCUUCUGGCGACAAUACUGCGAGCAGCGUCUGUCUUGAAGAAAUAGUUCAUAUUUAGACAUGGUGAAGCAGACCAAGGCCAAAACUUUCCAGGCCUAUCUGGACUCCUGUCACCGCCGCUACAGCUGCGUCCACUGCCGUGCACACCUGGCCAACCACGAUGACCUCAUUUCAAAGUCGUUUCAAGGCAGUCAGGGCCGUGCCUACCUGUUCAAUUCUGUGGUGAAUGUGGGUUGUGGUCCAGCAGAAGAAAGGCUGCUGCUGACUGGACUUCAUGCUGUGGCUGAUAUUUACUGCGAGAAUUGCCACACCACACUGGGCUGGAAAUAUGAGCAGGCAUUUGAGUUAAGUCAGAAAUAUAAGGAGGGGAAGUUUAUUAUUGAAUUAUCUCACAUGAUUAAGGAUAAUGGCUGGAACUGAAGCCUUCAGCCUUUGCUUUAACUUACUGUCACUGCUUGCAGCUUCUCCAAGAACGUCACGAGAUAUGCUUUCUUUUAUAUUUAUCCAUCUAUGAUCUACAUUUACUAUUGUGAGCACCUUUUUUCACACUCUUGUAUCCCAAUGCACCAGGUUUUCAGAGGGGUGGGGUGAGUCUUGGGUUACUGGUUUGUGUGUGUUUGUGUCUUUUAUAUGUAUUUGGAGGUGUGCUUGUGUGUAAGGCAUGCUUGAAAGAAAUUUCAAACUGCUAAAAUGAUCAACCAUUUAAAUCCAGUUUCAAAGAAUUCUUGAUUUUUGUUGGGAUUUUGACAGAAGCCCUCAAAUUCUCCAAAUUAAGUGCAAUUCAAGAGGUUUGGGCAAGGUAUGAUCAUUAUGCCAAGAUCCAAUGCCUUUUUAUUUAGUUUAUUUUUACUUUUAAAGAACGGGGUAUUUGUGAACGAGGUAGUGUGUGUGAAAUUACGUUACUGUUUGUGGUGUGUGUGGGGGGCUUAGAGUGGAUCAUGUGCAAUAUGUGUGUAUGUGAGAGAGUUUAAAGGAUGAUUCAUGCCUCCAAAUUCAGUCAUUUUGGUUGAAUUCGUCUUUUACUUUACCAAGUCACUGAGGAAUCCCAACAAAUGAACAUCGGCUCGUGUGUGUGUGUGUGUGUGAGCAAACAGCAGGCUUGUUGCUGUAGAGUAGAGAUGUCCACAGUUGACUGACAUUCUUAAUUCUUAAUAACUUCAAUUGCAACUUAUAAGAUGUAAUUGGGUUAUUAAUUUUUUUUUAUGUUUGUGUUGUUUCUUGCAUUAUGUCUAUGAGAAAUGUUCUAAGUAUAGUAUAUAUAUUGGGCAGCAUGUACAGAGACAUCGAUCUGAACAUGUGUGAGCAGACAUGUCAUGUAAAUGUGUUUGAUUGUGUAGCAAAGUAUUUCUUUGAAUGCUAAACCAUUAAAGUGCAUUACAUUAACCUGAAUUCUUUACAUUAAAGUAUGGGGUAAAUAAAAA